UCUCAAAGGUUAUCGAAGCUGUGAACAUUCGUUGUUUCCCCCACUACCAUUCCAAGCCUUUGCCCUACCGUUUCAACUCGAAUCUCUCCAUAUUCUGUUACUUAUACUUUUCUUCCAGUCAUGCCAGCUUCCGAGUUCCUUCUGUGUACAGGAUGCGAUUGCCCUAAUCACUUCAUGAUACCCUCUUCGCAUAGCGAAACCUCCCCCUCCCCAAUUGGGGACAUCUCCUCUAGGGCCGAUCUUGCACAUCUGAAAAAAUCCAAUGAAGCGCCGUCCGAUAACGAAGCGGUCGCUCUGAGAGGCAUCAUAUCCUCAUGCAAAAAGCGGAUAGACAGUCUCACUAAGGAGAAGUCUGCUUUGGAAAAUUUCGUCGUGGACCUCAAACGACACAUCCAUGCGAGCAAGCAGAAGAUAAUUGCUUUACAGAAUGAGCGCCUCCAAGUUGACGCGCAGAUCCACGAAUGGCAACCCCUUCUUAACCCCAUCCGAUACGUUCCGCCUGAGAUUUGGUCGCGGAUAUUCAAUGAAACCAUCGAAUUUCCCACCUUUCCCCGUGCAAGCUGGAACCUGGAUCCCCACACUGGUGCACUAUCCAGUUUUCGCUGGCAUUUACAAUCGGUAGAGAGCAGCCUUUGGGCUAUCGAAGAUGUAUGCAACAAAUGGAGGAAUGUUGUACUGAACUCGCCCGAGCUUUGGUCGUUUAUCAAUAUUGUCAUCAAUGACUCAAACUUUGGCCCUAACGCUCACCGAUACACCCGACGACUCGGCCGACAAUUGGGUCGCACAGGAAAGCGCCCGUUGUCCAUCAUCAUUUCUUGCCUGGAUCCGAGUAUAUUUGACGGUCUGCCGUCUCAGUUGACCAUGAUGUUGUGCACCUUUUCGGACAGCAUUCGAUAUCUUCGUUUGUAUCUCCCGUCAAGAAUGAUAAAGACCAUCCCAUCCCUGGGUCUUCCCCUUCCAUCCUUACAAACUCUCUUCAUUCUUUCCACGGAUACGGAAAAUAUCAACGAACGGUUAGAGUUAUUUCCAUUUUGCCCAAAACUGCGGGAACUUGAGUUUGUGGAUAUUGACAAUCCGAGCCGUUCGUUUUCCCUUCCCUGGCAACAGGUUACCGAUUACAGGUGCUGGUCGUAUCGCAACGGCGGUCCGGGUGCAUCUACUCAUAUUUUAAGCCUUGAACAGAUGAUAUGCCUCCAGGAUUGUUUCUUACAGUGUGGUCUUACAAAUCCAUUUUCAAAUGGAGCUGGACUCCCUUCCCUUCGUCGAGCGUAUCGUCUUUUGGAUCUACGGAGCCACGAAGAUGGAGGCGAGACCGCCAUUCAGCAGAUCAUGGACAGGCUAACCUUACCCAUCCUUCUACAACUCAAGGUGGCAUGCUCAGCCGGUAAUACACCCAGUUUUAUGGAUGGAGCGUUUGCCGCCAUCCGCCAUCUCAUUGACCGCUCCGGUCCACCACUCACCUUAUUACAUUUUUGCGGUGCCCGCGUCGCUGUGAAGGACCUACUGCAUAUCAUCCGCUCGACUCCCACUCUAGAAGACCUGCAGCUUACCGAACUGCGCCAAGAUACCAUUACGCCGGAACUCGUCCACGCACUUAUGCUAAAUCCCGCUUCCGGUGUCAUAAAUGUACCGCGAUUGCACACUCUUCAUCUUAGUGGUGUCACAAAAUCGGGCGUAUCUCUCCUUGUCGAUAUGAUUUGUUCAAGGUGGAUUCUCGAUGAAGGUCUUUCGAAGCAUGUUUCACGUUUGAAAUUGGUCAAGGUAGAUAGCGACUAUGAUUUUCUUGAACACUAUUCACGCAUGACCGUGGAGCCCUAUGAUAUCAGUCAAUGGAUUAAAGAUGGCUUAGCUUGCGAGUUUUCUUAAUCUGUUCUUUGAUACAAUAUGUACGAGUAGUAUUUGUGUUUCGUAUCAUCGGCAUCGUCUCUGACUUCCGGGAGCUGCGCUUUCGGGGAAACAUUUCUAUGUGCUCCGGUGAGAACCUGAGGGUUUUCGAAUGAGUUUCGUU